AUGGACAAUUUCGACACUCCAGAACAAAUCGCUGCUUCUCUGCAACAGAUGCAGCAGCAGACUAUUGCAGCACAGCAGCUUGCAGCACAGCAGCUUGCAGCACAGCAGCUGGCUGCUCAGCAUACUGCACAGCAUCAACCACUUGCCCCAAUCGGUGAGAGGAAUUUACCGCAUAACAUCCCUGCUACGCGCUCUGCUAUUGCUCCACCGCCAUGUCAAAGGGCGGAUUUUGAGAUCAAACCAGGCAUGAUUAAUCUAGUGCAGAGGAAGAUGUUCCAUGGACUGUCAGCUGAGAUACCAAUGGAACACACCGAAGCUUUCGAAGAGAUUUGCAGCUUCACUCGUGCAAACGGCGUUCCACCCGACUUCAUCAAAUGCAUGCUAUUUCCAUUCUCUCUAGCGGAUAAGGCUUCACGAUGGCUUAAGUCGUUACCUACAGGUUCCCUAACUACUUUGGAGCAGCCCGCUAACAAACCAUUUAAUGAAGCGUGGGAACGGUUUAAUGAUACCCUCAGAGAGUGUCCUCAUCACGGAUUUGACGAUGACCAUGUCCUAGGAAUCUUCUACGAUGGUGUGGAUUGGGAGUUCCGCAAUGCUCUAAACGCAGCGAGCAAUGGAGACUUCAUGACCCAAACCACUGAAGGUGCUCACGCGCUAAUAGAGAACAUGGCAGCUAGCUCAUCCAACAAAAACGAGGAAACUGGCCGGUCCAAGAAGGUGAAUAGCAUGGACACUAGGAAAAUCGAUGACCUCGCCGCAAAGGUUGAUCUGGAACCAGGUACUGCUGAUGCUACAGAAGAGACCAAGACAUCAGAAGAAAAUCAGCAAGAGGUCAGUUACAUCAACGGUCAGGGUUGGCAGUUCAAGAAUUACCAUCCAAACCCUAAUGUGAGAAACAACCCGCAUAUGUUCUCAUACAAGACCAAUCCAGACAACCCCAACCAAGCUCAGAAUCAUUUUCAGAACAAGCAGAACAAUCCGCAUGCUGCUCCAGCAACUGCGAGCGGUCCGCCAGAUGAACUGAAGGGAAUGAUGCAACAACUUUUGCAGGGUCAGCAGAUUCAAAGAAAAGCUCUGAAGCAGGUUACAACCGAGAUCAACACUCAGAUGGACAACAUGUUCAUGGAAUUAAAUUCCAAAUAUGAUGUUGUAGCAAGCCACAUAAGGCAGAUGGAUGUUCAGAUUGUUCAAACUGCUGAAACAAUAAAAAGGCAACAGGGAACACUCCCAGGGAAAAAAGACAAGAAUCCCAAGGAGUGUAACGCAGUCGACCUGAGAAGUGGAAGACAUCUCCCAGAUCAUGUCUCCAAGAAGCUCACUGCUCAAGAGAAGGAAAAACAUAAAGAGGGAGAACAACCUCCACUUGAGGAUGUCCACGACGACGAACAAGAACUGGAACAGCCAACUGUCAUAGAACCUGUAGCUCUCACGACGCAAGAUCAGCCUGUUCCUACUCGUGUCUACACUCCAAAAGUUCCCUACCCAGUCCCUGCUAAGAAAUUACGCAAAAAUUGCGAAGAGAUGAAGUGCAAGAAGAUGCUAGACGAGUUGAAUGUUAAGUUAUCUCUCAUGGACGUAAUUCAGAUGAUUCCUUCAACGCGCAGUCUUGUGAAGGAGCUGAUCUCUGGGAAGACCCCUGUAGACAGCGACAUCAUGAUGGUCUCGAAAGAAUGCAGCGCAGUCUUUCAAAACAGAACAGUCAGAAAAUUGGAAGAUCCUGGAAAAUUUGUCCUCUCGGUUCAGAUUGAAAAAACAAUCUUCGCUUGUUCUUUAUGUGAUCUAAGUUCCAGUGUGAAUCUCAUGCCCUACUCAAAUGCAAAACGCAUGGGACUAACCAAUUUUAAGCCAAUCAGAAUUUCAUUGGUGUUCGCAGACAGAUCAGUCAAGUUGCCAGUAGGUGUUCUCGAAGACCUGCAAGUUCAAAUUGGUAACACCACUGUUCCAGCGGAUUUCGUGGUUCUGGAGGUCGAAGAUGAACCGAAAGACCCUCUCAUUCUAGGCCGACAUUUCCUAUGCACAGCUGGUGCAAUCAUUGAUGUGCGCAAUGGGAGAAUCGAUCUCCAACUAGGAGAUAUUGUGAUGAAGUUUGAGAUGGACGAACUGCUCAAACGACCUAUGCUAGAUGGUCAAAACUUCACGAUUGACGACGAGAACGCCGCCUUGACCCCUCAACAAGGGAUGAUUGAAGAAAUCCUAGCGGAUGAUUCUUUGGAAGUAGCUCUAAUAAGAGCAGAGUCUGAGCAGGACACGUGA